CAGGUUGUUUUCGUUCAACCAAAUAAACUUCCAAAUUUUGGAUAGCUGAAGCAAAUGGCGGUCUUACAGUUACAAUCGAUUCCCACCAUCACAAUUCCAUCACCACAACCAAAACUCUCAAAAUCAAGCAUCACAUUGUAUAGCCGACGACGCUUGAGCCCCAGCCACUAUCACCAACUGCAGAAACACCGCCUGAAACGGAGCGCAGUCGCCGAAGAAAUCUCAGCGGCGGAGGUCGAUCAAAGCGUGAUUGGCGAUGAAGAAACUCUCAGGCAGAAGGAAACAGUCGGUUAUGAUUGGAGCGAAGAAUGGUAUCCGCUCUAUCUCACCAAAAACGUCCCCGACGACGCGCCGCUUGGCCUCACGGUGUUCGACAAGCAGGUCGUCCUGUUUAAAGACGGCGCCGGCGAGCUCAGGUGCUACGAAGAUCGCUGCCCCCACCGACUAGCAAAACUUUCCGAAGGUCAGCUAUUUGAUGGUAGAUUGGAGUGUUUGUACCACGGUUGGCAAUUCGAAGGCAAUGGUAAAUGUGUGAAAAUACCACAGCUCUCAAAAGGCGCAAAGAUCCCAUCAUCGGCUUGUGUGAGAACAUACGAAAUCAAGGAUUCACAGGGCGUGAUAUGGAUCUGGAUGUCGCGUAAGAGUCCUCCCAAUCCUGCAAAAAUACCUUGGUUUGAGAAUUUUGAGAGGCCAGGGUUUCGAGAUUUAUCAACCAUCCACGAGCUCCCCUAUGAUCACUCCAUCCUUUUAGAGAACCUUAUGGAUCCUUCCCAUGUUCCUAUCUCACACAACAGAUCAGAUUCUAAUGCGAAAAGGGAAGAAGCAGGGCCGUUGUAUUUUGAGGUGACUGAAAGGACAGGGCGAGGCUUUGCUGGCCGGUGGGGUAGAGAAAGAGACGUAUCAUUGCCAAAUCACAUCCCGAACUUUCUGAGGUUUGAGGCACCUUGUGUACUUCAGAGUAACCGGGAAGUCAUUGACAAGAAGGGCCAGAAGAUCUACUUCUCGGGGCUGUUCCUCUGCAGACCAUCGGGGCAAGGGAAGUCUAUGCUCAUAGUUCGCUUUGGGAACACGAUGAAGCCCUCAUUUGUGUUCAAACUGCUUCCAAAAUGGUUCUUGCAUCAGACAGCUAGCAAGAUUCUUGAGGAAGACAUGGGGUUCCUUUCCUCUCAGAAUGAGAUUCUUGUGAGAGAAAAAGCUCCGACAAGAGAGCUCUACAUCAACUUGAAGACGUCAGACACGUGGGUUGCAGAGUACCGAAGAUGGAUGGACAAAGUUGGACAUGGAAUGCCUUACCAUUUCGGCCACAGCACAGUUUCUUUACCAGAAAACCCUGCACUGGUCGAGCAUGCUCCAGCCGGAUUCACUGCCAGCCUCUCGGCUUCUCAGCCAGCUAAGGGCGGCAUUGGAACAAUGCACGCCCCGAACCCUGCAAACAGAUACUUCCGGCAUGUGAUCCACUGCAAGGGGUGCAGGAACGUCGUGAAGUCUUGUCAUGUGUGGAAGAAAGCUCUCUCUAUUGCUGCUGCUGUUUCUACGGCUUUGGCAAUUCUGGCAUCAGGGAGGAUGUCGAGGGUGCUGUUGUUGCUCGCGGCUGCAGUUUUCGUGGCUGGGAUUCAGAUCUGCUCGAGUGUGAUUGCAAUGAACACAACCAACUACAUAAGAAGUCAUAGGAGGUUGUGAUGUGAAGUAGUAGCUGCAAAAGUAUGGUAUUGCUUUUACAUGUGUAGGCAAUGUUGAAGUUUCUGUUAAAUAAAAUAUGUUUGUUUGCAGUA